AUGCGCGUUUCGCCUGUUUCUAACAGUCAGUUGCUCUCGAGCUGUGGACAAAGUGAAUUCGUUACAUUUUUCUUUAGCAGUGCCAUACAACGCUUGAAUUGUCGUGUUUUUUUUCAACAAAAUACAUAACUGUGUGUAUAAAAUAUACAGAGAAAGAAAAACAGCAAAAUACAAUUAGGAAAUUUAUAAACAAAUCCAAUAAAAUUCUGCGAAAUCAAGUGUAGUCAUACAAACUAAAAACAAGUGCUCAUUGCAAUUGCUUGUGUGUUGCUGUGCUUCUUCUUCUGCUGUGUUUUUUGACGGCCCAUAAAUUGUGCACAGACAAAUAUUGGCUAUAAAUAUAUUUGAAAAAACAAAACAACUAAAAUUAACAACAAAUAUUAUUGCGGCUAUAAUUGAAGCAGUUUUCUCGUGUAUUAUUCUAAUUAUACACGCACAUACAUUCGUAACCGUACAGCUGUUGUGUUCCCAACACGCUUGAUAAAUUACAUGCACAACUAGAUUUUAAAACGCAGAAAAUAUAAAAUACUUGUAUUGCGUGUUGUAAGCGUGUUUUGUUGUUGUAGUUGUUUUUUUAAAUCCAGCGCAGUUACCAAGUGACAAACGUAACACUGUUUAAUACCGGGGAAAUUUUAGCAGUGCCAAUUCUCAAUGUCGAACCUACAAACGUUAUCGAAAGGAAGGCGCCCAGUACCUACGGCUGACUUUAUACCGAAAAUAGGGGCUUCUCUACAGGAAAUUCGCGAGCUUGCUACGCGUUUGUGUCGCGAUUACUUGACUGGCCGCUGGAAAACGAUCAGCCCGGCUGAUAUCGUUGUGAAAAAGAUUAAUGGCGGCUUGUCGAACUUUCUGUAUUAUGUAAGUUUACCGACGACUGACAAUAAUUCCCAGUUUAUACAACAACAUUCCACAGCGCCACAAGGCAGUGAGGACUACCUACAAUUAAAUGGUGAUUGUAGCGAACUCAUAAACAAUGACUGUAUCCAUAACAAUAAUAAUGAGGAUCAGCUACCGUUAGUGACGCGACGACAGUCGAAUAGUGAGCCAAAUGAGGUUUUACUGCGCAUAUAUGGCGAGGUGCAUGGUGAGGAGGAUGAUGCGUUGGGUGGUAUCAUCACAGAAUCCGUUGUCUUCGCAUUGUUGAGCGAAAGAAAUUUCGGUCCAAAAUUAUAUGGCAUAUUCCCUGGUGGGCGGCUCGAGCAAUACUUAAAUGCUCGAGCUUUACUUACACGCGAAUUGGCAGUACCGAAAAUCUCGGAGAAAAUUGCCGAGAAAAUGGCUGAAAUACACACCUUAGACAUACCAAUGUCCAAAGAGCCAGAAUGGCUAUGGAAUUGUAUGGAACGUUGGCUCAAAACGUCAAAUAGCAUUUUGACACGUACAGAUUGGGGCGAUAAGACACCAUUGGUGGAUAUGGUGCGAAGCUUCGAUUUCCGCAAAGAAAAGGCUUGGCUGCAGUCUGUCAUCAACGAAGGCAACUACAAUGUUGUUUUCUGUCACAAUGAUAUGCAAGAGGGCAAUAUACUUUACUCCAAUUCCAAUAAUAGCGAUAAGACAAGCGGAGCGAGCAUUUGCCUAGAUAACGCUGAAGAUGUGCUACAAACACAAUACACACAAAUCCGUAAUGACGAAGAGCCCGAUUUACAAAUUAUAGAUUUCGAAUAUUGCGCUUACAAUUAUCGCGCUUUCGAUCUUGCCAAUCAUUUCAUAGAAUGGACCUUCGACUAUAGCAAUCCGGCAGCGCCAUAUUAUUACCACCACAAGCAGCAUUAUCCCAGUUUAGAGCAAAGGCAACGAUUUUAUAGCGCUUAUUUGCGUAAAUUCCACGAGGAUUUGCCGGGUUAUACGCCGACAGCGCAGGAACUCAGCGAUAUGGAUGCUGAAGUGCGUGUCUUCUCGAUGUUUUCCCACCUCUUCUGGAGCGUGUGGAGUGUGGUGAUGACAUUGGCCACCAUCGAAUUCGGCUAUUGGGAAUACGGUGUCGCACGUAUACGUGAAUAUCAACAGUUGAAGGAGUUGUAUGAGCGUGAGAGCGCCAAGAAAUCGUGAUAAUCGUGAUUUUUUAAGUUUUACACAUAUAUUCUUUGUUUGUUACAUUGUGCUCAGUUCGUGUUUAAGACAUAAUUCUAAGUGGUGUUGUGGAGCGUUUUGUGCUCAAAUUCAAAUUCCCUUGAAUUGUACUUACGAAUUUAGCUAACGGCAUUAUGUAUGUAAUUGUGACCAAAAUUUUUUUAAGGCAGAUAUUUAUAUUUUUUAAGCGUAAACCUGGUUAUAAAUGACAUCUAUAUAUGUACUAUAUUUUCCUAAGUCAAAACAUGCACACACAUACAUUCAUAUACACACAUAUACAUACAUAAUUUCCUUAUACAUUUACAAAUACAAAAAUACAAAUAAACAUAAUAUAAACAUAAAGCAA